AUGCCACAGUUUAGCCCUAGCGAUGGUCUAUCCAAAGACGCCUCUACGGAGUCAGAGACUCGGCAAGGCACCGAAACACCCGCCUCCUCUCUCGAUUUUGACAUGGCAAAUAUUGACCCUCGAUUGAUGGAGCCCAGCCCUAUCACUGUGGUGGAGCCUUCAACGUGCCCGCUAAGCAUUGAAAUUGCCGCCUCGUCUGAUGGACAUCCGGCGACGAGCACCGAUUCAAACAUGCCGGAGAUCUCUACACGGCGAGUGACCAGGGGAGCAGCAAAGGCGGCAAAUCUAGAACCUGGUCCUCAGCUGGGAUCUUCACCAAAGCAUGCGAUGCCCCCGUCCCGAAAACGCGGGUGCUCUGAAGAGCAGCCUAUAAGGAAGCGAAGAGGAAAAAGACGACCAGAUGAAUCGAAAGCAUCCAACAUUCAACUUACUCCCCGUCGGUCAAUGCGAUUACGAGCUCGGUGA